UAUAUAUCCGUCUUUUCUCAGCAGGUGAAUGACAGUCGGUUCUGAUACAUUUAUGCCUAAGAGCAAAGCGCCAAAAAUGGACGAACUGGAUUACAUCCCGGCUGAUCUGAGCCCGGAGGAGCGUGCAGAGCUGGAGGAGAUCCGCAGGAGGAAGGGCGCAUUGCUCCUGGAGAUCCAGAGGCUAAGAGAGGAGCUUCGAGAGGCCAUGAUGGAGGUGGAGGGGCUGGAAAACAGCACUGAGGGCAGUAAGACGCUCCAGAAGAGUCGGCAUGUGGCCAUGGGGAGGAAAAAAUUCAACAUGGACCCCAAAAAGGGCAUUGGGUUUCUGGUGGAGAACGAGCUGCUGCGGAACACUCCAGAAGACAUUGCUCAGUUCCUCUAUAAAGGAGAGGGACUCAAUAAGACUGCCAUUGGAGAUUAUUUGGGAGAAAGGGAUGACUUCAACAUUCGGGUUCUGCAAGCGUUUGUUGAUCUUCAUGAGUUCACAGAUCUGAACCUGGUCCAGGCACUCAGGCAGUUUCUGUGGAGUUUCCGGUUACCUGGUGAAGCUCAGAAGAUUGACAGGAUGAUGGAAGCUUUUGCUCAGAGAUACUGUCACUGUAACCCUGGAGUCUUUCAAAGCACUGAUACGUGUUAUGUUCUAUCGUUUGCAAUCAUCAUGUUGAACACCAGUCUACACAACCCCAAUGUUCGGGAUAAACCUACAGUGGAGAGAUUCAUCAGUAUGAACCGUGGUAUCAACGAGGGGGGCGACUUGCCUGAGGAACUGCUCAGAAAUCUGUAUGACAGUAUCAAAAAUGAACCCUUUAAAAUCCCAGAGGAUGAUGGGAAUGAUCUGACUCACACCUUCUUUAACCCGGAUCGAGAGGGUUGGCUGCUCAAACUGGGAGGCCGAGUGAAGACGUGGAAGAGGAGGUGGUUCAUUCUAACUGAUAACUGUCUAUAUUAUUUUGAGUACACUACAGAUAAGGAGCCGAGAGGGAUUAUUCCCCUGGAGAAUCUCAGUAUUCGGGAGGUGGAGGAUCCUAGAAAACCUAAUUGUUUUGAGCUUUACAUCCCAAAUAACCGAGGACAGCUGAUCAAAGCCUGUAAAACUGAAGCUGAUGGGCGAGUGGUAGAGGGGAAUCACAUGGUCUACCGAAUUUCUGCACCCACGCCGGAGGAGAAGGAUGAAUGGAUUCACAGCAUCAAAUCUGCGGUGAGCGUAGACCCCUUCUAUGAGAUGCUGGCUGCAAGGAAGAAGCGUAUCUCCCUAAAGAAGAAAGAAGAGCAACCUUAAAUCUGUUCUCCUCUUCGUCCUACAUCAUUUGUUCAUCAUGUGUCCAUCGGGGGACGGAACUCAUAUCUCCAUCUUCUUUUAUUAUACAGUAUAUUCCUCCUGUGAGGACUGAUUUUUGGGAGGAGAGGAUUAUCAGAGCUUUGUUUGGGACACAUCCAGGCCCAGAUCCGCUCUGCUCCGUUCCAGUAUUCAAUUCACAUAUGUGCUUGUUCUCUCCAGCCCAGUGUUUACUGCAUUUUCUCAUCAGACAGGUACUGGGACAUGCAUUUCGGGAGACUGGACUCAUACAACGCACACAUUUCACAUUACACUGUUUCACUUCACAGGGGUUUUAAUUUGGGACAUGAUUAUUGGGACUUCCUUACAAUCAUAUCAAACACUUUUUUUUAAUUCUACAUCUUUAUACUCUUGUCUAAGGACUCUACAGAAGCUUAACUAAAUUCUAGAAAGCGUACACAUUUGUAACCCAAUGCACCAUUAUUGGGACACCUGCACACUACUAAACCUGGAGUAGAAUCGUGACCCCACACACUAUUCCCCUUGCACCCCGUGUUCACUCCACACUUCACACUACAAUAACACUACACACUCCUGUCCUGUCCUCACACUACUGUUACUGCUGGAUAGUGUCCCCAUGCCAAGAGUUCUCAACCUUAUUUGGCUGGUGAACAUGUUUAUUUCAUAUCACUGUAUGUAAAACAUGUCCAUGCCUCUACAGCUCUACUGACUAUGACACCCCCCUCUCUGAAAUGCACACGCCUUGAGGCUCUUCUUUUUACCUGGCAGUGUUGAAUCCAGUGUUAGAGAAACACACUAGACUGAAGUUCUUCCACCACUCCUUCCGCCGCCUCAGCUAGUUGCUGUUGCAGACUAGUUGUGUCUGUGGCGCACCUGAUCAGGCUGGGAUUUGAGCCUGGUUCUCCAUUAUGGUGCAUUGAACCUUCUUUAGAUCUGAAACCAAUGACCUAGAUGCAUUAGUGUUAGUACGCUCUGUUUACGUCAUGUCCUAGGUUAUCCGUAUUUUUAGAUCCUAUGCACCAAUACCUAGUGUGGGAACUUGUCAACCCAGGCCGUCUGGCUACAUGGUUGCUGAUGAUGUGGACCAGUCUGUAAGGACAGCAGCACAUAAUACUCCCAGUACAUCCAUACUACUGACUGAACUGUGCACUCUACUGAUUCACGUCUUCUUUAUUAUCCAGAUUGUUCUACUUUACUCUAGAUCAUUCUCAUACAUCUUAUCAAUGUAGCUACACCAUGCUGGAUCAUGAUGUGGAUGAUGUAGUUGGUUGUUAGGACCUACAAUCUCAGCAUACUAAAUCACUAUAGGUUCCUGCACACUCCCUUUUCACUCGUGUACAUAUCCUAUAUCAGAUCUUACAUGUCCAUGUAGGAACUCCUAUCAGUCUAGAGAUGAGCAUGUCAAGGUCAGCUGCAUAUCGACACUUCUCGCAGGGUCAUGGUUUAAUAGAUUUAAAUUCUGCAUGCAGGGGACAUUUUGAGCAAUUAAAGGGUUUCUGCCAUGCAAACAUCUAAAAUCCUAGCUAAAAUCUUCCUCUUUGUUUUGGGUGUGAUGGUUUCACCAUGCAAGACUUUCUCUACAUACUACAGUUCCUGCAUGCAACCGUGUAUACACACACUGCUGUCCUAUACAUACAGAGGUGUAGGGUCUGUACAACCUCGCAUCCUUCUCCAUACAGUCUGCUGAUUCACCUUACAUCUACACUACAGUUCCUAAAUAAUCUCACUAUGCUCUUCCUCAUAGCUGGCCGAAUCAAAUACUGUGAAACACAUUUCUCAUAGUACUUCAAUCAUCAUAAUCAUCCUCCUCAUCACUCUCCGCUUUAUUAGGGCAUGCUUUCCUAAAACCUUGAGCAUGCUAAAGUCUUACUAGUACCUAAUUAUCUACAUUUAUCAAAAACGUAGCCUUUAAAAAAAGCAAAGCUUAAAAGUCAGACUUAAGUUUAAUUUUAGUUUUCUUUCUGAUUGGUUUCUACACCCGGCCCUAAUGUUUAUACACCCUACAUAGUGCACUCUGUAUAACAGAGCCGGUUAGGAUUCAGGAUCCUAAAUACAAGCUCCUGCACCCUCUGUACUAUACAACAUACAAAGCAGAAAGCAGUUUGGAGUGCCUGUCUUCACAUCAAACAGGGUGUGUAAUGACACAUCAAUCGUACAUAGUGCACUUCUGGUCCAAUAGGGAGCUCCUGAUCAGUCGUAUCAGCUGUCUGGUUGGUAUGAAAACCCACAGCCACACUGGUUCUUUGUAGAAAAGUCUGGACACCUCUGAUGUAUGGGUGAAGUAAUUGGGUUAUAUUUUCUAUGUAGUGCAUUGUUGGUCUGUUAGGAAGCCAUUUAGAAUUGGGGCUGGUAAAUUAGGGUCCCUGCACCCUACAUUCGAGUUCCGCUACUGUAUACAGAUGCCAGUUUGACAACUCAGCUUUAUUCACAAAGGUAUUUCCUAAACAUGCUACGUAUCAGAUUGGGUUCCUGUGUUCAGCUUUUUGUCUUCAGCUUUAUUUUAAUAGAAUGCUGCCAGACUGUGCUGCUGGUAAUUGGCCUUUAGGGAUCCUGGGGAAUGCUGAUGACCUUAGAAAUCUUCAUGACCUAAUUUAACACACUGAGAACAAAUAGAAGCUGAAAUGUACAAAGGUUUUGGCACCUUUUCCACUUACUGUAAGAGCUUUGAUGGGGUGUGUGUGGGAACUUUGUGUGAGGCUGUAGAGCAGUGGGUUUGGAACUGUAUUUAUAAGCACAUUCUUGAAGGAGUUUUAUGGCAGCUUGAUGUUCUAUGUUCCAUAUAGUUCUAGUGUUUGUAAAUACGAGGAUCCUGUGUGUUAUUACCAUGUGUAGACGUUAAUUUAUUAUUUUUUGUUUACUUUCUGUGUUUGUUACGAUAUUAUAAUGUUAAUAAUUAAUACUGGUGAGAUUCUAAACCGCAUGUGCUCUGCUGACCAAAGCAGCAGGUCUGAUACGAUCUCAGCUUUGUGCUUCUAUAGAUUAUUAGCGUUCCAUAUUUAGCUUUAGCAAUAGCAUGUAAGCUAAAGCUGUACAUUUGGGUAUGAACUUUCGGCAGUGGAGAAAAAUGCAAAUUUUAUUGAUAAAUAAAAAUAAAUAUUUGGAUUAUAAUGAAUCAAUAAUAAUAUGGAACACUAAUAUUUCUCCCAGCCUUGUAUUUAAGCUACUAACUAGCGAGUAUGAGAUGUAGCGGCCUUCUUUGCUUGAUAGAUUUUUUUGUUGUUUUUUUAAUAAUGUCCCUAUUAAUAUGAACUUUGCUGCACUAUUAUUUUGUGCUAUUAAUAUUAAAACUAGUUAGAAUGUUUA